AUGACUGUAGCACACAACUGUGCCAUACAGUUAAAACCAAAUUUUGGUUUAGAAGAAUUAAAAACCAUUAUUUCAAAAGAAGUCUAUCCUAAUAUUCAUUCCUUACUUAAAGUAGCCCUGAUACUACCUAUCAGUUCUGCAUCGUGUGAACGAUCUUUUUCAGCCAUGCGUCGUAUCAAAAACUGGACUAGAACAUCUAUGACACAAGAUCGUUUUGGUUAUCUUUCUGUAUUGCACAUCGAGAGAGAUAUUGUUAAUAAUCUAGACCUCAAUAUUAUACUAGACGAAUACUCAAAGAAAGACCGUCGUAUAGAUUUAAUAUUAUAG